GGUAGGAGGAGAUGCCCAGAGGAAGCGAGUAACAAGUUGGGCGCUGCGGGGAGUUCGCCCAGCGGCUGCGGUGGCUCCUCUCGCCGCCUCCGCUCUGGCACACGUGUAACACGAAACUUCCCAUCGCCAGGACAACCAAUAACAAAAAAAAAUAAAAAGGCAGAGACAACAGCUGGCUGUCAGCAGCCCAGCAGAGAGGAGCCGAGCGAGGAGCCAGCCGCACGCCAGGAUGAGGGGAGAGAUGACGUGAAAGUUUCAGAAGCCCCAGCGGAGCCGAGGAGUUGGUGGCGCGGCGGGGCAGGAAAGCAGGAAUCCCAAAGCAGCGAGAGCCCUUGGAACCAGUGUGCAGCCAGAAGUGCAGUCAAGCGCAAAAACAUUUGCUUCCUCACGGGAAGGUUGGAGACUGCACCACCAACAUCAAACCUUGCCCCUGAAGAAGUUCAAACCAAGCGUAAAGCCUGGAGAGGUUGAGCCAGAAUGUCUUCUGAAGGCUUUCUGAAGGAAAUGCAAACCAUUGGUGAGAAGUUUCUCCUUAAGCUCCAGAGACUGCCCAAGGCUGACCCGGUGGAGAUUGUGUCCUUUUGUGUGGUUCUUCUGUUUAUUGUUACUGUUCUGGUGCUCAUGAUCAUUGCUUGCAGCUGCUGCUGCUACAGCUGUUGUAGCUGCGACGGACGUCCUGACCACAGACGAAGGAAGAUCCAAGUCCGUCCAGUUGCCCAUUCAUGAAAUGCAACAAGAGGUGAACAACCUGCUAUCAAGGAUGUGCAUGGACAUCAUGAUUCAGUCCUAUGGGAAUGACUUUCUACACUAGCUCCCUGAAAAUGGCAAUAACAAUAUUAAUUAAUAUGACUCAGAGGACCAGAAAUCACAGUAUGGAAUUCCUUAUUUCUGUGACAGCCACUACUGGGCUCCAUGGUGUGACCAGAAAGCAGGGCGGAAGCCAGCAUGUCAUCAGUGCGAGAGGCACCCUCAGUUAUGGAAGACCUAAAGAGACUGAUUGUAAUAAGUGACUGGGCUCUUGGAGGGCUAGUGGUGAUUGCCACUUUCUGUCUCGUUUUUGUUGCUCUCCUCCUGUUUGCUGCCAUCUUUGGUUGCUGCUCAUCUCCAGGGCACAGAGCAGUGCAUAAACAGCAAAGAUGAGAUGCAGUAAUUGGAGCCUUACAGCUAAGCAAGGAUCAGCCCAGCUACAACCUGAUUGUGUUGUUCAUAGAAAGCUUUCUCAUCUUCUCUCCCUGAGUGGUUAUUUCUCCCCAUGCAACUUCCCUGCAUCAAGAGCAAAGCACCAAUGCCAGCAAGUUGUUCUGCAAGCCCACAGCAAACCCAAUACGUAAGGCUAUCUGUAUUCAGGAACUGUGUAACUAGCCAAAUACCAGUUAAUUCAUCUCCACCUGAUUUUCAUCUUUCAAGCAAAACCACCAGUUAGAGGUGGCAAAUGGUCAACCACCACCUAAAGCUGAUAAAGAUGUCUUCUGCUGCUACAGUUACAUGGGUUUUUUCCAUCUUGCAAAUGGGCAACAGGAAACUCUGACCCGCUAAACUUCUAUCUAAGCCCACUCUCUAAAAGCAGUUUAUACCAUUGUUCUCCUGUCAUACUUGGACAAUAGCCUAAAUAUACUAUGCAAAAACUUGCCUGCCAGUA